AUGGCCAUAAAUAAAACCAAUAUUGAUACAAAUGUUUUACCACCAGAUGUUCUAUCUUUAAUGGAUAAUCAAUUUUAUGAUUUAAUUCGUGAAUUAACCAGCUCACAUGAAGCUGAAAUUUUAAAAUUGCAACAUAUAAACAAUAUUAAUGCAUUUCUAUUAACCAAAAAUCCAUUAGAAUUAUUGGAAUUAAAUAGUCCUGAUGUAGAAGACAUCAAAAAACGUACCUGUUUUGAAUUAGCAAAUAAAACAUUUGUUGUAAAACCAGGUGUUAAAUCAAAUCUUCAAUAUUUACAUGAUUUAUUUUGCAAAAAAAUGAAUGAACAUUUUAAAGAUAUCAAAAAUAAAACAAAAUUAUCAAGAACUACACAAGAAAUUGCUAUUGAAGAACCAGAUGAUAUUAAAGCAUUCAUAUUACGAUCUAUCAAACGAUGGUGUGGUGAUAAAGCACAAUAA